AUGGAAGGCGCGUCUGGCCGCGAGGAGGAGGCCCUGGAGGCGGAGGAGGAUGAGCGUGGGCUCGCAGAGUUCGUCGCGCUGCUCGGGCCCCUGGACUGGCGGCUGGAAGGACAAGGGGCAGGGGGUACGGCCAGCGAAGGCGGGGAGGGAGCAUAUCGCCAAGGCGGAGAGGCCCUGGACGUUCCAGCUGCCGCCCACCGUCCUGCGGCAGGCGGGCCCCAACGGCCACUACGUGAUGAGGCUGCGCCCUCCACCGAAAUUGAGCCGCAGCAGCCUGGAGAUGUUCCGGCGAGGGCGGAGAAGGCGAAGAGGCGGCGCACGCCACGCCAACUGGCACUGAACAAGAUAUGCCAGAAACGCUACAGGUGCAAGGGUAGUGUUUUGUCAUGUUCAUGUGACAAAUUUAAUCAAAGGAUUUGA